ACGUAUUUAUGUAACUCCAGCUCGAUGCGCGACAGCUUAGAGGGUAUUUCGGCGCCUUGUUUAACUUGUUGUGAACCUGUGAAUGAACAGCAUCACCGGCGGGUUGACGUUUCUCUCCCACUGACCGACUCUCCUCUCCAGUGAUGGAGUACGGGAAGGAGAGGGUGGUGGCGUUAGUGGACAUGGACUGCUUUUACGUCCAGGUGGAGCAGAGACUCAAUCCAGCUCUGAAGAACACUGCCUGUGUGGUGGCUCAGUACAAGACGUGGAAAGGAGGCAGUAUCAUAGCUGUGAGCUACGAGGCCAGGGCCCAUGGUGUCACCAGGAACAUGUGGGUGGACGAUGCAAAGAAACUUUGCCCAGAUCUCCAGGUGGCACGAGUGCGUGAGUCUCACGGCAAGGCAGACCUGACAUAUUAUAGGGAGGCGAGUGUGAAGGUGAUUGAGGUGAUGUCUCGCUUCGCUGUGGUGGAGAGAGCCAGCAUUGACGAGGCCUACGUGGAUCUGACUGCUGCGGUCCAGGAGCGGCUGAAAAACAUGACAGACAAACAAAUUGAGCCUCACCUGCUGAAGGCGACCUACAUCCAGGGGUACCCACAAACCUCACCUGAACAUGAAGCAUCUGCAGAGGACGCUGCCUUGGAUAAAGAGGAACUGAGGUCCAGAGGUCUCCAGCAGUGGCUAGCAUCCUUACCGGUCCCUCUAAUAGGGGAACCGAGCCCUGGAGAUCUGCAGCUAACAGUGGGAGCGAUCAUCGUCGAGGAAAUGAGGGCAGCCGUGGAGAAAGACACAAGUUACCGCUGUUCAGCAGGGAUAGCGCACAAUAAGGUAUUGUCCAAAUUAGCUUGUGGUCUGAACAAACCUAACCGACAAACUGUUCUGCCAUUGGACUCUGUGACAGAGCUGUUCAACUCUCUACCCAUCGGCAAGAUCCGUAACCUAGGGGGUAAGCUGGGUGCCUCCAUUACAGGAACUCUGGGAAUAGAGAACAUGGGAGAUCUGACUCGCUUCUCUCAGGCUCACCUGAGUCAGCACUUUGGAGAAAAGACGGGCCAAUGGCUGUAUGACUUGUGUCGGGGGAUUGAUUUUGAAGCGGUGAAACCCAGACAGCUUCCUAAGUCCAUCGGCUGCAGUAAAAACUUCCCCGGGAAGACUUCGCUGGCUACAAAAGAGCAGGUGCAGUACUGGCUUCAUCAACUGGCCCUUGAGCUCGAAGAGAGGCUUAUCAAGGACAGAGACGUGAAUGGUCGAGUGGCUAAGUCGUUGACGGUUGGUGUCCGUCGGCUUGGGGACAAGUGGCCGAGCAGCUUCUCUCGCUGUUGUGCUUUAGUGCGCUACGAAGCAACCAAACUAUCCGAUGACAGCUUUGCCAUUAUCAAGAGUCUCAACACGGCAGGAAACCACCAGGCAGCAUGGACUCCGCCCCUCACCCUGCUGCACAUUUCAGCUAGCAAAUUCAGUGACGCUCCAUCAGCAGGGGGCAUCGCUGGCUUUCUCUCCAGUGAUGUCACUUCAACUCAAAGUCUUUCCUCCACCACUCAGCCCUCCACCCAGCCACCCUCUGAACUGAAAAAUGACUCCGCAAGCAAACAGCCUGGCACCAUCCAGUCCUUCUUUCGAAAGGCAGCUGAGAAACAAAAACAGAAAGUUACAAAAGAUGUAGACGACGAGGAGGACUACGAUAUUGUCUCCACAGGGAUUCCCCCGUCUUCCUCCUCUCACAUAUCCUCUGUUACUGAUAGUCAGUUGGAGGCAGAUACCAAUUGCCCCGUUUCUUCCCUUGCACUUAUAUCUCACACUAAAAGCAGUACAGCCGACGCCCAUUCUGGCAUUUCCUCUUUCUUCAACAAGAAGAGUCUUGAAAGAAGCUCACUGGCCCCAGGCUCAACUUUAAACAAGCCUGAAAUAGGACACGAGCCUGGACCUGACGAUAUAGAAGACUCAGAAGACACUGUUGCUGCUGAGUCAGGGCUACAGGCAAAACGUAACUCAUCUCCACAGUCACUAUGUGAAGAGUUAAAGGAUGAACUCGGCAUGGAUCCAAAAAUAAAUCCCCAUCCUUCUAGUGUGGCCAGAGAAGACCUGGUAAACUGUGAACGCUGUGGCCAGGAAGUGUCAGUCUGGGAAAUGCCUGAACACAACGACUAUCACUUUGCCCUGGACCUCCAGAAGUCACUCUCUUCAUCCACAAGUUCAGCACCCAUCUCUUCUUCUUCCAAUGUUUCUCUAACUCCUCAGUCGGCCCAGACUUCACGCGGAAAGACAAAAACCAGAGGCCAGUCAGGACCUCAACCGAAAAGGCAGCGCUCCCAAGGCGGAGGCGCAGGCACUCUGGAUUCUUUUUUCAAGAGGAACUGACGGUGUGCUGUACAGCAGCAUUUGCAAGAAGAAGAAUAUACAGUCUAUUGAUAAUGCAUGUGCAGUAUAUCACAAACAAAAUGAAUGCAUUGGUGAAAGAUUGGAAAGCCGUUUUGUAACAGGAUACACUGGGACUGGUUUUAAAUGAUCAAUGUGACUGUGCUUUAUAAAAAUGUGUGUAUAUGUAUGCACUUUGUGUAACAUAACCUUUUUUUAUUGUAAAGGGAAUGACAGUACUUUGACGAGUGUUUUGUAAAACAGCUUAUAUUAAAGAUACUUUUUACAUUUUGUAGUAGUAUACAUAAUGUUGUAGUACUCUGAUGGGCCAGCAGAUGCCACUAAUAAGUCAAAUACAGAGCAGGAAUCCUCACUUGAGUGUCAAUAUCAAGUUUUCUUGUGAGCUCAAGAGUUACAGAAAAUAUUUGUCUCUUGUAAAACAAUAGAGUAUAUAUUUGAAAGACGUAUGAAAUACAUGAUUGCUAGCAGGAGGAGAGUAAUUACACCAUUUGCACCAUUACGAGAUUGAUCCUGUUUCGUUUACACGUCUCUACCAUGGUGAACCCAUUGUUCUGGAAGUGCGUUGAAACAGCUGAAUGAUGAAAUUGUAAUUACAUGGUCUUGCAUCAGCUGGGGAGCCGAUCGGGAAGAACAAUAAAAUGAAAUAACAGCACCCAACACAAUUUUGUGUGGUGAGUCAUGGCUUUGCGACAUCUGAGCCGGUAGACCAAACGCUGGUGUGAUUAAGAAGAACGUGAGAACAGUGAAAAAAAUGUUUGAAUACAUUUUAAAAUCUGGAACUACUAAAAAUCUAUAAAAUACUCAGAUGCAAAAAAACAAACGAACACUUGAAACUCUUCAUAAAAGCUAUACAAAUUGGGACUGGUUUUAAAUGAUCAAUGUGACUGCUUUAUAAAAAUGUGCACAAAAUGCAGAGUGUAUAUGUAUGCACUUUGUGUAACAUAACCUUUUUUUAUUGUAAAGGGAAUGACAGUAUUUUGACAAGUGUUUUGUAAAAUAGCUUAUAUUAAAGAUACUUUUUACAUUUUGUAGUAGUAUACAUAAUGUUGUAGUACUCUGAUGGGCCAGCAGAUGCCACUAAUAAGUCAAAUACAGAGCAGGAAUCCUCACUUGAGUGUCAAUAUCAAGUUUUCUUGUGAGCUCAAGAGUUACAGAAAAUAUUUGUCUCUUGUAAAACAAUAGAGUAUAUAUUUGAAAGACGUAUGAAAUACAUGAUUGCUAGCAGGAGGAGAGUAAUUACACCAUUUGCACCAUUACGAGAUUGAUCCUGUUUCGUUUACACGUCUCUACCAUGGUGAACCCAUUGUUCUGGAAGUGCGUUGAAACAGCUGAAUGAUGAAAUUGUAAUUACAUGGUCUUGCAUCAGCUGGGGAGCCGAUCGGGAAGAACAAUAAAAUGAAAUAACAGCACCCAACACAAUUUUGUGUGGUGAGUCAUGGCUUUGCGACAUCUGAGCCAGUAGACCAAACGCUGGGUG